AAGCAGCCCUCAGAAACAUGAAUACAUUGCAGGUCUGUUCUGCUGUAGCCUCUUAAGUCAGAAAUAAUUGUUUUGGAAAACACAAAACCUGCAGAGCUUCUUUUAAGGUGUGUCCCGUUUAGUGUGUGGCAUCUCGAUGCCACGUGAAUCACUGCCUUCAAUCCCUGCAGAACACAUUUAUUUCCUUAUUUCUCACGCGAAUAUGCAGCAGCGACAUCGCCACUCCCGAGAUUUCUCCCACACAAACUUUCUAUCUGAGUCACUUUACUUGGAAAUUCUAAAAAGUCUGACGUCUGUGAGGUUUGUGAUGUGUGAGCAAGCGAAGCGAAAGGGAUCAGCAACGAGGUCUUUUGUCCUCUGGAUGGUUUCGCUCCUUCCUCUUACGUCAUUUCAUGUGUCUCACUCAUCAUGUCGUCGUAGUGAAGGACACUGAACCCCGGAUGCACUGGACAGAAGGGUCCAAUUCUACAUACAAACCUUUUCAUAAAAACUAAAAAUCAACAGUUUAGAGUUGACUUCCUGUACGUGACGUGUGGCAUCAAAAGACACCAUAAGACCUGCUAUUGCUAUUUUUGGGGGGUUUAUUCCCCCAAACAGCAAGUUGUAAAGCGGCUUGUUCGAUGAAAUUGCCCUUUCUUGCUCUCGUGAGUUUGCACUUACUGUCGGUGACAUGUGAGUGUAAAAAAAUGUGACAUGCAAUCAAUUGCCAUCUCAAAGGCCAAUGUAGCAAUGGAACACCACCAGGAAGUGACUAAGCAUGCAUGUGGCCAUACAACGGGGGGGGGGUUGGGCUUUGUGAGGUAUUUGAUAAAAACAAUGAAAGCCUGUAAGUCACCCGUCAGUGCGCCAAGGACCUGACUUCUCCUCACACCUCCUCCUCCGAGCUACAGGGAAGAUGACAGCGGAAGGCGGACAAUCCAUCUUUAAAGGAGUGGACCUCCACCCUAAGGACAACAACCUCGCCCAUCACACCAGCGUCCUCUCGGACGAUCGGCUGGUUGUGCGGCGAGGGAAGCCCUUCAAGGUGACCUUUAAUCUGGGACGACCUCUCAGCGGUCAGCCGCUCACCCUUAAAGCCACCACAGGACAACAACCGAGCGAGGAGCAGGGCACCCUGUCGCUCUUCGGCCUCACACCGGUCAACGGACGUUCUCCUUCAGCGAAGGCGGUGUGGAAGGCGGAGCUUCACGGGGGCGCCUCCCUGCAGCCGGGCCUCCUGGUCCUCAGCAUCACGCCGCCGGCCGACGCCCCCAUCGGGGAGUUCAGGCUGGUCGGGAUCCACCAGGACGAGUCGAGGCUGCUGGGGACUCUGGUGGUGCUCUACAACCCCUGGUGCCCCGAUGAUUGGGUGCAUAUGAAGGAUGAGAUGGAGAUAAAUGAGUAUGUGAUGAAUGAAAAAGGAGUGAUCUUCAAAGGAAGCAAUAACUACAUCAUCUCUGCCAACUGGGACUAUGGGCAGUUUCAGGACAAGAUGGUGGACAUUUGUUUGAGGAUUUUGGAUGUCAACCACAAACACUCCAUCGACCCGGCUGACGACGUCUCGGCGCGUUGUAACCCCAUCUACGUCAGCCGCGUAGUCAGCGCCAUGAUCAACAGCGAAGACGACAGCGGAGUCCUGGUGGGACGCUGGGACGGUCGCUACGGUGACGGCUACACACCGGCUCACUGGACCGGCAGCCACGCCAUCCUCAAGCGCUGGUUCGACAACGGCUGCAGCCGGGUCAAGUACGGCCAGUGCUGGGUGUUCGCCGGCGUGAUGUGCUCAGUGAUGCGCCUGCUGGGCAUCCCGUGCCGGGUGGUCACCAACUACCAGUCGGCCCACGACAACAACAAGAACCUGAUCAUCGACGUCUACCACGCCGACUACGGAGUCCGGGAGAGGCCCUCCCCCGACAGCAUUUGGAACUACCACGUGUGGGUGGAGGCGUGGAUGAGGAGGCCUGACCUGGCCAAGGACGGAGCGUACGACGGCUGGCAGGUUCUGGACCCGACGCCCCAGGAGAAAAGUGACAGCAUUUACUGCUGCGGCCCGAGUCCUGUGGCGGCCGUCCUGAACGGCGACACGCACCUCAAAUACGACGUCCCGUUCGUCUUCGCCGAGGUCAACGCCGACUGCAUCGACUGGCUGGUGAAAGCUGACGGUUCAAUGUUGAACAUCUCCACCGACACCCGGAGAGUCGGUCAGAACAUCUCCACCAAGGCCGUCGGCUCGGCGCAGCGGGUCGACAUCACCAGCAGCUACAAAUACGCAGAAGGAACGGACAAGGAGAGGUCCACCUUCCUCCGCGCCACCACCGCGGAGAAGGAGGCGAAGAACGAAAAGCCGGGCGACAAAGUGGGGAGCGCGGGCGCAGAACCGCCCGUCGCCCCCCCGAAGCCUGACCCCGCGCCGCCGGUCAAAAUGCGCAUUGAACAGGUGACCCCCCCGACCGACGGGAACGACGUGAUGUUGACGUUGGUGCUGCGGACCGAGGGCGGCGCCGCCAGGCUGCUGUCCGUCAACAUCAAGGCGGACGCCAUGAGGUACAACGGCGUCCUGGGUGUGACCGUCCACAACGAGGUGAAGGAGACCACGCUGCUGCCCGGGACAGAUGGGUCCAUCCCGAUCCGGAUCAAGUUCUCCGACUACCACAAAGCCAUGACGGACUGCGACUGCAUGAGGGUUUCAGCCGUGGCGACGGACAAACGCGAGCCGCAGAACUUGUACCUGGCCGAGAGUGACGUCAUGCUGCUGGACCCGCCCAUCACCGUCAACAUUCCCAAAACGGCCAGAGUGAACCGCGAGGUGCAAGGCGAGCUGUUCUUCACCAACCCGCUCAGCGAGACGCUGACGCAGUGCAGUCUGACGCUGUCCGGGAGCGGCCUGAUCCUCGACGAGCUUCAGUUGAAGAUUCCAGAUCUCAAGCAAAGCACCAGGCUGUGUGUGAGGUUCCCCCUCCUGCCCUACAGGAGCGGGAAGAGGACUCUGUUGGUGGACUUCGACUGCUCCGCCUUCAGAAACAUCAAGGGCAGCGCCGCCAUCGACGUCCAGCCCUCGCUCUUCUGACGCGCCAAGGGCAAAGGUCACCAACAAAACGUCAAAUGUGAAUAGCAGGGAAGGUGCAUAAACCAGAAAGAUGGAGCUGCCAGAUGAGGGCGGUUUGGAUGUUUUUAGGUGUUUCUUGUGGUCUGAUCCAGGGUGCUGGAUAUAAUAUUAUGUAAAUACGGAGCAUUCAGUGCUACUAUCUGCUGUCUGAUAUCAGCGAACCUUUUAAAAGUAUGUGUUGUUUAUCUAAAUUGAACCCCUAUUUGUGUUAUUUAAGCCGGGGCAGCGGGGACCAGUUGAAAGUUUAAAUGCAGCUAAACCUCAUUUUGUGAGGGAUCUUUUCACUUUUUUAAAUCAAUCUCUUGAACUUCGUCUCGCUUCUUUGGGGAAGUGAGCUGCCGAUGAAGAAGCUUCUCUUUGUGGCUAAACAAAAAGAAUAAAUGACCAAAUGAUGUGUUAGAUGGACUGUCUUUGUCUCUAUUUACAUGUGUUUACUGUUUAAUUAAAAAUAAAUAAAACGUUUAUGAUGUGGCCCGAGUGUGACUUUUCAGAUCAUUAUGUAAUCACAAUGCUGUGACUUGAGGAUUUGCAUGAAAACUAGAACUAGAACAGUGAGUGAGUUAAA